AUGCAAUUUGCCAGCGUGGCAGUGAUUUAUUUGCUUCAUAUCCACAUUUUCGUUGGAGCGGACGACGACGCGCGACUACCCAAUAAAUGUGAAGUGUGCAAGUUUCUAACAUUGGAACUCCAGGAAGCCUUGCAUGGAAGCCGUCGCUCCAAAGAAGUGCUGGAGGUGGGAGAAGUGUUGGACACUGGUAGGAGAAGAAAAACUAUCAAGUACAACAACUCGGAGACGCGCCUCAUGGAGGCCAUGGAGAACAUCUGCGAGCGCAUCCUGCAGUACAGCGUUCACGCCGAGCGUCCUGGCAGUUUGCGCUACUCCAAGGGUGCGAGCCAAACCAUGACAACGCUCAAGAACCUGGUUCACAAAGGCGUCAAAGUGGAUUUAGGCCUGCCGUACGAACUGUGGGAUGAGCCGUCCGUGGAGGUGACGGACAUGAAGAAACAGUGCGAGACCAUGUUGGAGCAGUACGAGGAAGCAGUGGAGACCUGGUACUUUCACCAUCAAGAUGAAAAGCUGGAGGACUUCCUGUGCAAGAAGCGGGUCCUUGAUGCAGCCGAGAGAGAAUGUCUCACUGAGGUGUGGAAUGGGGAUUCGGGGACUGAAGAAGACGCAGAGGGCGGGGCCACGACGAGACUCGCAGGCGAACUUUAA